AUGAGAACGACGGCAUUUAUACCAAAAGAUAUGUGCUUUCAAGUGGAGUGCAACAAUUGUGGUAAACAAACCUGGAGUGGAUGCGGUUUACACAAAAAUGCUGUCAUGGAUAACAUACCAAAAGAGGACCGCUGUGGUUGUCCAAGAUAG